AUCACUAUUCACUACACAAUUGCACAUCUUUAAAAAACAGAAGGAGCGGUUUGGUCCUUUUGGAACUCAAAUCAAUAGACAAUAAUCAAUCAUGGUCUUGGUAAGCAAGUACGUUGAUUUCAUCGCUAUCAUUGCUCUGUUUCCUUUUUUUUUUCUUACUUAAAUAUUUUUAAAAAUAAAAUAAAAAUAAAAAUUUGUAAGCUAGUUCCCCACGCCUCGUGCAUAAUUGUAGACUUCUCAACUUCUUCUGGAUCUUCUCCUUUUAUUUUCUUUUCCGACCUUUGACUUUCCUGUAGGAACCUCCACAGUUUGAAUACUAACGAAAACUUUGAUUUCUCAGGAAAAGGAAGUUACAGAGACCCAAUAAGGCAUAUGUCGAUUUGAGAGGUUCGUUGGUACCCAAAACGAAAAAGAAAGAGAAAAAGAAAAACAAUGGGUUCUUUCAAGGGUCAUGCUCUGCCAGGAACAUUAUUUCUUUUAGUUGGGUUGUGGCACAUAUGGUGUGCUUUGGUCAGGUACUCAUCGAAUCCAAAGUCGUUUCGGGUUCGGGUGUGGAACCCAGUUCCAGGUUUUGAUGGAAGGCUAAAGUACUUAGAGCUUUAUCUUAUAGCCAUUGGUGCUUUCAUUGAUAUGUGUAUUGAACUUCUCUACUCGCCCCAUCUCAAGUUUUUCGUGGAUGGAGUCUUGAACCCAUCUCACAUGAACGAUUUUGAGCACUCGGGGAUGCUUUUGAUGUUUUUUAUCUUUGGCCUUGUUGCUCUUCUCUCGGAAAAGACAAGACUACUUCCCUUGCCUGAAGGCACUCUAUGUUUGAUUGCUGCUACAGCUUUUUGUGCUGAGUACCUCUUGUUCUAUUUUCACUCAACAACACAUAAAGGCUUGGAGGGAUACUACCACCUCCUCCUUGUUCUCUUAAUUGGCCUUUGCAUACUAUCCACUGUUGCCGGAGCACUCUUACCAACUAGCUUCCCUGUCGAUUUGAGUUGUGGCAUUGCCAUGACUCUUCAAGGCCUCUGGUUUUAUCAGACUGCUUUCACUUUAUACGGCCCAAUGAUGCCAGAUGGUUGCCUGCUCAAGGAAGGUAAAGUUCUGUGUCACUCGGUGGACAGUGAGGUUCGGGGUGAGCUGCUUGCUAACCUCCAGCUCUUUGCCAUGGUCCUUGGAGUCUUCAUUUCAGUUGUGAGCUGUCACGCCUUUGCUGCUUCUAGAUUUGGGCAUUCUGAUACUAGGAGCUUGCACACAGGUCAAAAUGGAUUAGAUCAUGAUUAAGACUAUAGGGUAAGAAAUUUUACAAUUAUGUUCUUCACUUCAGCAUAGAGAAGGCCAUAGAAUUUUUUGUUUUCUUUGUCUCAUUUUAAUAAAAAUGAAAAAAUUUCAUGUUUGAAGCAUGCAACGAAAAGGGCAAUGAUGUUUACGCUAGAGAAUUUGUUAGUGAUAAGUAUGUAAUUUAGGAGUUUUUUUUUUUUUUUCUUCUCUUCAAUGUGACUUCUCUAGCAUCAAUUUUGAACCUUUUUACUUUUAAGUUA